AUGCUAAAUUUAAAUAGCAUUAAACGUGCCAACACAAUUUCAAGAAUGUUAGCUCAACCUUUAUCACGCAAGUCGCUAAGAAUGAUUAUUGAGAGUUCAGGACUUAAAGUAAUUCAUGAAUCAAAUUUAACUCAUGGUGAUUUUCAUGAUGGUAAUAUUUUAAUAUCAGACGAUUACAAAGAGUCAUUUAUUAUUGAUUUAGGAUUAUGUAAACCUAUAAGUGAUUUACAGGAUCCUAAUAAUGAGAUUUAUGGAGUUUUACCUUAUAUGGCACCUGAAAUAUUAAGAGGAAACCCCUAUAUCCAAGUGUAUGAUAAUAUUUUCCACCAAGAUUAUAUUGACAAUGAAGUAACGUCCAAGGCGGAAGAAGAAAAACCUAAAGUAGAAUCUCCUAUAGAUACGAUCGUGAUUGUGAAUGAAAACGAAAUAGAACCAUUGACAAAUCCACAAGCUAAUGUGGAACAAGAGAACGUAAAUAAUGCAAAGGUAGAAAAUAGGAAAAAUUUGGACGGAGAUGAGACAGAACCAUUGCUACCAAAAUCUAAUUCUAAACAAGUUAUUUUUAUUAUAAGAUCAUUUCCUGGAGAAUAUAAAGAUCGUACGAUGGAAUUCCUUAAGGAUUUCUUUGAGGCUGAUAGAUGGUGGAAGAAAUUACUUAAGAAGAAUAAGAAGGCUAAGAAGGAGCUGGUUAAGCAAGAUGAGCAGGUUAAGCAAGAUAGACAAGUUAAACAAGAUGGAAAUGUUGAACAGGUUGUGUAG